ACGUAUCACCGCCUUCGUAGUUGUGCGUGGUUCACGCGGGUGACUCCGGCCUAGGAAGUUCGGACCUCGUUUACCCAGUCUAAGCCAGGGGCGUCCCGGUAACGUCGGCAAGAUGGUGAAGCCCCAGUACAAAGGACGGAGCACCAUAAACCCCUCCAAGGCCAGCACAAACCCGGAUCGAGUACAGGGAGCAGGAGGCCAAAACAUGAGGGACCGGGCCACAAUCAGGCGCCUGAAUAUGUACAGGCAAAAGGAGCGCAGAAACAGUCGUGGUAAAGUGAUUAAGCCUCUGCAGUAUCAGUCAACAGUGGCUUCUGGCACGGUGGCACGAGUAGAGCCAAAUAUUAAAUGGUUUGGAAACACACGUGUGAUUAAGCAGUCAUCAUUACAAAAGUUCCAAGAAGAAAUGGAUAAAGUUAUGAAGGAUCCAUAUAAAGUUGUCAUGAAGCAAAGCAAGUUACCAAUGUCUCUUCUCCAUGAUCGGAUACAGCCUCAUAACUCAAAGGUGCACAUUCUUGAUACUGAAAGUUUUGAAACUACAUUUGGACCCAAGGCACAGAGAAAGCGGCCAAACUUAUGUGCAAGUGAUAUGCAGUCUCUCAUAGAAAAUGCUGAAAUGUCCACAGACAGCUACGACGAGGGCAAGGACCGCGACUUGGUAACCGAGGACACUGGUGUGAGAAAUGAAGCCCAAGAAGAGAUAUAUAAAAAGGGACAGUCCAAAAGAAUAUGGGGUGAGCUGUACAAGGUAAUAGACUCCUCAGAUGUUGUAGUUCAAGUUCUUGAUGCUAGAGAUCCAAUGGGUACCCGUUCCCCUCACAUUGAAGCUUACUUGAAAAAGGAAAAACCCUGGAAACACCUCAUUUUUGUACUCAACAAAUGUGAUCUUGUUCCAACCUGGGCAACAAAACGAUGGGUUGCUGUUCUCUCCCAAGACUACCCAACCCUUGCUUUCCAUGCAAGUCUUACUAAUCCCUUUGGCAAAGGAGCCUUCAUUCAGCUUCUACGGCAAUUUGGGAAGUUGCACACGGACAAGAAACAGAUCAGUGUGGGGUUCAUUGGCUAUCCAAAUGUAGGCAAGAGUUCUGUGAUCAAUACAUUGCGCUCCAAGAAAGUCUGCAGUGUGGCUCCCAUUGCAGGUGAAACGAAGGUCUGGCAGUAUAUUACCUUGAUGCGUCGGAUAUUCCUGAUUGAUUGUCCAGGUGUGGUUUACCCCUCUGAGGACUCAGAGACAGACAUUGUGCUGAAAGGAGUUGUUCAAGUUGAGAAAAUUAAGACUCCUGAAGAUCACAUUGGUGCUGUUCUUGAACGAGCAAAGCCAGAAUAUAUUAGCAAGACAUACAAGAUUGAUUCUUGGGAGAAUGCGGAAGACUUUCUUGAGAAGCUAGCUUUCCGCACUGGGAAGUUGUUAAAGGGUGGAGAGCCUGACUUGCAGACUGUGGGUAAGAUGGUUCUCAAUGACUGGCAGAGGGGCCGGAUUCCUUUCUUUGUCAAGCCUCCCAAUGCAGAGCCACCCACUUCCCCUCAGCCUCCACCCACUUCAUCUUUGGAAGUUGUCACAGAAGCUUCCCAGAACAUUCUGGAAGAGGAGCCUGCAGAAAGCAAAGAGACUGUCAUUGAGAAAGAAGAAGAGGACAGUCCCUGUGAUGCCAGCUCAGAGAUGCAGCAGAUCCUGGCCCGGGUUCGCCAGAACUUUGGCAAAAUCAAUGUCGUGCCUCAGUUUUCUGGGGAUGACCUGGCUCCUGUGGAGAUGUCAGACAUGGAAGAAGAGCUAGAGAGCUUCUCUUCAGAUGGGGAGGAGCAGGAGCCAGCAAUAGGCGAGCAGGAGGAGGAGGAAAAGGAGGAAGGAUCUCUCCAGGAUUCCCCAGAAGAGCCUGUGGGAAAUGACACCAAAGCAGUGAUUAGAGCCUUGGACGAAAAGAUUGCUAAAUACCAGAAGUUUUUAAAUAAAGCCAAAGCUAAAAAGUUCUCAGCAGUCAGAAUUCCUAAGGGGUUAAGUGAAAAGAUUUUUGCAAAAGAUGAUGAACAGAAGAAAACACUCAAACAAAGGAAAACACCUGAACAACAAAAGACAUUUGAAGAAGAUGUGUAUGAUACAGAACCCACCAAAAAGGGAAGGAAGCGGAAGGCACAGAGGGAAGAUGAACAGUCAAAUAAAACUCAGAGGACAAUGACAUCCAAGGAAAGGAGGAGAGCAGAACGACAGCAACGAUUGAAAAGAGUUGGUGUGCGCUACUAUGAAACACACAAUGUGAAAAACAGAAACAGGAACAAGAAGAAGAGCAGUGACUCAGAGGGACAGAAACACAAACACAAAAAAUUCAGACAUAAGCAGUAACGUCUAGAAAGUGGUUUAUUAACUUAUACAAAAAUAGUCAAUUAAAGACUGUAUUCAUUUU